AUGAAGUUUAAAGCUAAAGUUCCAGUGGAAGAAAACAAUCAGCAGAUUCUCAGAUUCUCUGUCUCUGACAUUGUUUCUUGUCUUUCAGCAGAUCGUGGUCUGCAGGAGGUUUUAGAUGAACAUAAGCUCAGUGUGAGGAGGAGAUGUGAACAUGUGACUGAAGGAAGUGAUGCAACAGGAAGUAGAACCCUCCUCAACAGGAUCUACACUGAGCUCUACAUCACAGAGGGACAGAGUGAAGAGGUUAAUACUCAACAUGAGGUGAGGCAGCUUGAGACAGCUUCCAAGAUGAAGAUCCUCCACGACACUCCCAUCAGGUGCCACGACAUCUUUAAAGCCUCCACUGACCAGCAGAGCAGCAUCAGAGUCGUCAUGACCAACGGCGUCGCUGGCGUUGGAAAAACCUUCUCGGUGCAGAAGUUCACUCUGGACUGGGCAGAGGGUUUAGAAAACCAGGAUGUGGGUCUGCUGACUGUGCUUUCGUUCAGGGAGCUGAACCUGGUGAAGGACCAGCAGCACAGUCUCCUCACGCUGCUCCGUGUUUUCCAUCCAGCGUUACAGAAGCUCACGGCAGAGACGCUCGCUGUCUGUAAACCUUUGUUCAUCUUUGACGGCCUGGAUGAAAGCAGACCUUCUCUGGACUUCAACAACAAGGAGUUUGUGUCUGAGGUCACACAGAGGUCAUCAGUCAACGUGCUGCUGACAAACCUCAUCCGGGGGAAUCUGCUUCCCUCGGCUCUCGUCUGGAUAACCUCCAGACCUGCGGCGGCCAAUCAGAUCCCUCCUGCAUGUGUUGACAGGGUCACAGAAGUACGAGGCUUCACUGAGGCCCAGAAGGAGGAGUACUUCAGGAAGAGAUUCAGUGAUGAAGAGCUGUGCAGCAGAAUCAUCUCACACAUCAAGACGUCCAGGAGCCUCCACAUCAUGUGUCAAAUCCCAGUCUUCUGCUGGAUCAGUGCUACAGUUCUGGAGCACAUGUUGACCACAGACCAGAGAGGAGAGCUGCCCAAGACCCUGACUGACCUGUACUCACACUUCCUGCUGGUUCAGACAAAGAGGAAGAACAACAAGUACGGUGAGGGACAUGAGACGACUCCACAGCAGCUGACAGAGGCUGACAGGGACGUUCUCCUGAAGCUGGGGAAGCUGGCACUUAAACAUCUGGAGGAAGGAAACAUCAUGUUCUACCAAGAAGACCUGGAGCGGUGUGGUCUUAAUGUCACAGAAGCCUCGGUGUACUCAGGAGUUUGUACUGAGAUCUUCAGAAGAGAGUGUGUGAUUUUCCAGAAAUCAGUCUACUGCUUUGUUCAUCUGAGCGUUCAGGAGUUUCUGGCUGCAGUCUAUAUGUUCCACUGUUACACUGAGAGGAACACACAAGAACUCAACAACUUCUUGGGAACAUGUGAGGAAACAGACAGUACCUUCUCCCUGGAUGACUUCCUGAUUACAAACAUGGAGGAAUCCCUCACCAGUACAAAUGGUCAUCUGGACCUGUUUGUUCGCUUCCUUCACGGCCUCAGUCUGGAGUCCAACCAGAGAGUCUUAGGAGGCCUGCUGGGUCGGACAGAGAACAAUCCAGAGAUCAUCCAGAGAAUCAUCAACAACCUGAAGGAGAUGAAGAGUUAUUACCUUUCUCCUGACAGAAGCAUCAACAUCUUCCACUGUCUGACUGAGAUGAACGACCACUCAGUUCAUCAGCAGAUGAAACAGUUCCUGACGUCAGAGAACAGAUCAGAGGAGAAACUCUCUGAGAUCCACUGCUCAGCUCUGGCCUACAUGCUGCAGAUGUCAGAGGAGGUUCUGGAUGAGUUGGACAUGAAUAAGUUCAACACAUCAGAACAGGGUCGAUGGAGACUGAUCCCAGCUUUGAGGAACUGCAGGAAGGCUCUAUUUGAUAAUUUCUUUAACUACAGACUCAGUGAUUGUGAACUCUCAGAGACUCACUGUGAAGUCGUGGCCUCAGCUCUGAAGUCCGACCCCUCACAUCUGAGAGAACUGGAUCUGAGUAACAACAACCUGCAGGAUUCAGGAGUGAAGCUGUGUUCUGGUCUGGAGAGUCCAAACUGUCGACUGGAGACUCUGAGGUUGUAUCAGUGCAGACUUUCAGAGAUCAGCUGUUCUUCUCUGGCUUCAGCUCUGAGGUCAAACCCCUCUCAUCUGAGAAAACUGGAACUGAGUCGAAACAACCUGCAGGACUCAGGAGUGAAGGAGCUGUGUGGUUUCCUACAGAGUCCAACCUGUCGACUGGAGACUCUGAGGUUGGAGAGAUGCAAUCUCUCAGAGAUCAGCUGUUCUUCUCUGGCUUCAGCUCUAAGGUCAAACCCCUCUCAUCUGAUAGAGCUGGAUCUAAAAGACAACAAAGAACUGCAGGACUCAGCAGUGAAGGAGCUGUGUGGUUUUCUACAGAGUCCAACCUGUCGACUGGAGACUCUGAGGUUGUAUCACUGCCUUCUGUCAGAGAUAAGCUGUUCUUCUCUGGCUUCAGCUCUGAGGUCAAACCCCUCUCAUCUGAGAGAACUGGAUCUGACUAAGAACUUCCUGCAGGACUCAGGAGUAAAGGAGCUGUGUGGUUCUCUACAGAGUCCAACCUGUCGACUGGAGACUCUGAGGUUGGAGGAGUGCAGACUGUCAGAGAUCAGCUGUUCUUAUCUGGCUUCAGCUCUGAGGUCAAACCCCUCUCAUCUGAGAGAACUGGUUCUGAGUAUCAACGACCUGCAGGACUCAGGAGUGAAGAAGCUGUGUGGUUUCCUACAGAGUCCAACCUGUCAACUAGAGACUCUUGGGUUGCAUCACUGCAGACUGUCAGAGAUCAGCUGUUCUUCUCUGGCUUCAGCUCUGAGGUCAAACCCCUCUCAUCUGAGAAUACUGGAUCUGAGAUACAACGACCUGCAGGACUCAGGAGUGAAGGAUCUGCUUGAUCUACAGCAGAGUCCAACCUGUCGACUGGAGACUCUGUGGUGGAUGUCUGACUGAAGCUGAGUGUGAAGAGGACAGUGUGUGUGGACGGAGGCUGAGCUGUGUCCUGAGGAUCCAGAGGCUGAAGCAGCAGCUGCUUGUGUGUAGUCUCCAAUCUACACAACCCCUAAUCUGCAUGUGUUUGUGAGAUGAAGCCGGAGCACCUGGAGAAAACACGUGGAGAACAUGCAGACUCCACACAGGAAGACCCAUCUGAACCGGAUUCAAACCAGCAACCUUCCUGCCCCGAUUGUGUUUAUUCACAUGAAGAAUGUGUUUAUUGAAAUGACACAACACAAGCAGAAUAUAUAAACCCUCUAUAAAGAGUCACACACAGUGUGUUUAAGUUUGUCUUUAUUAUUUUCCACCUUUGUCCCUCAGUUUGUCUCCAUGUGUUUAGAACCACAUUCUGUGUAGAUGUUUGUUUAUGAUCUUAAAGUUCCUGGAUUCACGUCACAAUUGAUUUAGUUCAACACAAAGUUAAACACAUUGAAAUCACUUUGAGUUUGUUCUCAGACAGCAGAACAUUACAGAUCUGAUUCUUUGAUAAGGCUUUAUGGUUAGUUUAUGGGUGCUGCUCCUCUGCUAUGGUGCUUAUAUAGAGGACAACACUUGAAGGAACACUGGUAUAAUCAUUACAAUUGAUAUUUCAUUCAUUAAGUUUUUCAAAGAUACUGAAACAACCUUUAAGUUAUUUAUCUUUGAAUACAUGUAAAUAUAUGUUUGUGUCAUAUUAAAAUCAUAUUUCUUCAUGUGACCGA